UUAGACCUGUCUCAUGCUACUGAGCUAACAUUACACACAUCCGAAUAUCAGCGUGCGCAUUCUCGCUCCCUCUCUCAGCGUCCAUCCCAUACAAUCCGUGUGUUCAAGAUAGCCAGAUGCUUUUGGUUUGUGCGUGCGAAGUCUUCAGAAGCGCAACGGCACUGUCCCUCUAGUUUAUCUCUGGACCAUCUGAGUCUGCUGCGUGUGACCCGAGAGUCCUCUCUGAAAUAAUAGAAGUUUAGAGUAAAGUUGACUUUAGAUAUCUCACGGACGGUCAUCACCGCUCCUCACCACGAGCGCGCUGGACCAGCGAGACGCACAGGAAAGGAGGCUGGAGUGAGUGUCAGUUCAGUGGGCAUGUUGUGCAGCAUCGAACCUCAUAGGAAAGAGCAGAGCGAUAAUGUUCAAUCGAUAGUUAUUUAACCAAUUUAAUUGUAGUCCUUUAAUAAAUACGCUUGUCUGCUUUAAGCUUUCAAUUGCGGGCUUUAAGUGUUUUCUAAAUAGGCUAAUUUCGAGCAAGAUGCGCAUGCGAGGACGACUAUACUAAUUAGCAAUAGGGUAGGUUAUAAAGUUACCGUUCCCGCGGCCAAAAUAUAUUGUAAUCAUCACUCGGUUGCACCUCGUGUUCCAAGAUUUAACGGCCCUUGGAAUUAUCGCGUAAUACCUUUGACAACUUUGCAUUUGAGUUUCAACAAUGUUUCUCAAAGGUUACGUUUUUACAUACCGCACUUGUCAAAAUGCCAUGUGAAUUUUAUUUUAUGGCUGUGACUUGAUUUUUAGAUAACUUAAACUAAAUUCAGAGUCCAGACAUUUAGAGGGAAGAAAUUGACUCGCUGUAAUUAGUCAUUAAUCCAAGUAAUUAUCCGAUGCAGACAACCUGAUUAUGGCUUCGAAUUCAGUUGGCUAAAUCACCAACGUAGAUAUAGACUCACUGUUAAAUAGGUGAAUGAAACUGAAUUCCGUUGCAUUUAAUACUUAUAUAGAAAUACUUUAACCAUGUUAGGCAGCCCAUCAAAUAACGGUGGCAUUAGAAUGUUGGUUCUCCCCGCACCUAACGACGAUAGACGGGUUGAGUUUGUGGCUCUUACCGCCGUUCAUACGGAGAGGAGUGAACCAUCGACCCCGGAGCGCCUGCACCCUUCUCACCGUACCGGGCUGCUCGGUACCCCGCUGCCCGGGCGUCUUGGACCCCGGGCGACCACCUCAGCCUCCAGCAAGCGCUACAGAAAGUUUCAGAACUUCUUGUACAACGUACUGGAAAGACCACGGGGAUGGGCAUUCAUCUACCAUGCGUUCAUUUUCCUGCUGGUGUUCAGCUGUCUGGUUCUGUCUGUGUUCUCCACCAUACCAGACCAUCAAAAGAUGGCCAACGAAGGCCUCUUCAUCCUGGAGUUUGUGAUGAUCGUGGUGUUUGGUCUGGAAUACGUUGUGAGGGUUUGGGCGUCCGGCUGCUGCUGUCGCUACAGAGGAUGGCAGGGGAGACUACGCUUCGCCAGGAAACCCUUCUGUGUCAUAGACUUCAUAGUGUUUGUGGCGUCGUUGGCGGUGAUCGCAGCGGGUACCCAGGGGAACAUCUUUGCCACCUCUGCCCUGCGCAGCAUGCGGUUCCUCCAGAUCCUCCGGAUGGUACGCAUGGACAGACGAGGAGGCACCUGGAAACUACUGGGCUCUGUGGUCUACGCCCACAGCAAGGAGCUCAUUACAGCGUGGUACAUUGGUUUCCUGGUAUUGAUCUUUGCCUCCUUCCUGGUUUACCUGGCAGAGAAGGACGUCAACACAGAGUUCAACACCUACGCAGACUCCCUCUGGUGGGGAACGAUUACUCUCACCACCAUCGGCUAUGGUGACAAGACACCCCGCACCUGGUUGGGCCGACUUCUAGCUGCCGGCUUCGCGCUCCUGGGUGUGUCCUUCUUCGCCCUUCCUGCUGGUAUCCUGGGGUCAGGCUUUGCCCUGAAGGUGCAGGAGCAGCACAGACAGAAGCACUUUGAGAAGAGGAGGACUCCUGCUGCCAACCUUAUACAGGCUGCGUGGCGUCUGUACUCUACUGAUGCUCAGCACUCCUACCUGACAGCCACUUGGUACUUCUAUGACAGCAUGCUUCCAUCCUUCAGCAGCAAAAUGGGAUUCCGGGACAGGAUGCGGCUGAACAACUCCCGUUCAUCCCAGGCAAGCCGGAAUAAGGCGUCCCAGCUGCCUCCCGGGAUGAGUGUCCGCCAGUCGCCCAGUACGGAGAACGUCCCAGAAGCCACCAGUCCCGGAAAGGUGCAGAAGAGCUGGAGCUUCAACGACCGCACGCGGUUCCGCACCUCCCUGCGACUCAAACCCAGACCUCCUGCAGACGUGGAAGGAGUAGGGGAGGACAGUGUUGAAGACAAACCAUAUUGUGAUGUUGCCAUGGAGGAGGUGAUCCCAGCAGUGAAGACCUUGAUACGGGCUGUUAGGAUUCUGAAGUUCCUGGUGGCCAAGCGGAAGUUUAAGGAGACUCUGCGUCCAUACGACGUGAAGGAUGUCAUAGAGCAGUACUCUGCUGGACACCUGGACAUGCUGGGGAGGAUCAAGAGUCUACAAACCAGAGUGGAUCAGAUAGUGGGUCGUGGAUCGUCCUACCAGCCAGAUAAUAAGAAGGUGAGGACUGAGAAGGGAGAAAAGACCCCUCCAGAACUGGACCUUAUGGACGAGCUCAGUAUGAUGGGACGUGUCAUCAAGGUGGAGAAACAGGUGCAGUCGAUAGAGAACAAGCUGGACCUCCUUCUUAACUUCUACACACAGUGUCUGAAGAAAGGCUCGUCCAACUUCACCUUGUCGUCCCUGUUAGAACCAGACCUGACGUCGGACUACCACAGCCCCACAGACCAUCGUGACCUUUUCCCCUACGCCAACACACUCAACAUCUCCCACUCAGAGUCCAGCAACAUGGAGUGACUGGUAUUGUACUCACUGACUGGGGCUGAGUCUCGGAAUGAACUGGGUCCACCGCUAGACCCUCACCACAAUGGCCCUGAGAUGUCAUGUCACUAUACUGGACUGUAGCAGCACCCCUGGAGCAACCCACUAUGCCAAUAGCUCUUCCCACUAAUCACCAAACCAAUUUGAUUCCUAACUUUGGAGGUCUGACUCCUUUAGGAAUUCACAGUCCACACCUUAGGGCCCACACUUUUUACCAUCGACUGAUCCUCAUCUUUAAUCAUUUCUCCCUCCACAUACACUACAUGGCCAAAAGUAUGUGGUCAACCCUUCAAAUUAGUGGAUUCGGCUAUUUCAGCCACACCCGUUACUGACAGGUGUAUAAAAUCGAGCACAAAGCCAUGCAAUCUCCAUAGACAAACAUUGGCAGUAGAAUGACCUGUACCGAAGAGCUCAGUGACAUUCAACGUGGCACCAUCAUAGGAUGCCACCAAGUCAGUUCGUCAUAUUUCUGCCAUGCUAGAGCUGCCCUGGUCAACUGUAAGUGCUGUUAUUGUGAAGUGGAAAAGUCUAGGAGCAACAACGGCUCAGCCACGAGGUGGUAUGCCACACAAGCUCACAGAACAGGACUGCCAAGUGCUAAAGCGUAUAGCGUGUGUAAAAAUCGUCUGUCCUCGGUUGCAACACUCACUACCAAGUUCCAAACUGCCUCUGGAAGCAUUGCCAGCACAAGGACUGUUCGUUGGGAGCUUCAUGAAAUGGGUUUCCGUGGCCGAGCAGCUGCGCACAAGCCUAAGAUCACAAUGCGAGAUGCCAAGCGUCGGCUGGAGUAGUGUAAAGCUCGCCACCAUUGAAGCAGUGGAAAUGCGUUCUCUGGAGUGAUGAAUCACGCAAUGCAUUCUGGCGAUGACAGGAGAACGCUACCUGCCCGACUGCAUAUUGCCAACUGUGUAGUUUGGUGGAGGAGGAAUAAUGAUCUGGGGCUGUUUUUCAUUGUUUGGGCUAGGCCCUUAGUUCCAGUGAAGGGGAAUCUUAACGCUACAGCAUACAAUGACAUUCUAGAGGAUUCUGUGCUUCCAACUUUGUGGCAACAGUUUGGGGAAGGCCCUUUCCUGUUUCAGCAUGACAAUAACCCCGUGCACCAUGCGAGGUCCAUACAGAAACGGUUUGUCGAGAUCGGUGUGGAAGAACUUGACUGGCCUGCACAGAGCCUUGACUUCAACCCCAUCGAACACCUUCUGGGAUGAAUUGGAACACCGACUGCGAGCAGAGCCUAAUCGCCCAACAUCAGUGCCCGACCUCACUAAUGCUCUUGUGGCUGAAUGGAAGCAAGUCCCUGCAGCAAUGUUCCAUCAUAUAAUGGAAAUCCUUCCCAUAAGGGUGGAGGCUGUUAUAGCAGCAAAGGAGGGACCAACUCCAUAUUAAUACCCAUGAUUUUGGAAUGAGAUGUUUGACGAGAGGGUGAUCACACACUUUUGGCCAUGUGGUGUAUUUUAAAUCAUCUGCUCCAUUUUAGAGCCCCCACUAGUGGAGUCUUCAUCAUACUAUUCUUUCUCUGUUUACGAACCAGCACCCAUCAACCCUAACUACUCCUCACAUGAAGCCCUUUCACUCACACCCUACCUCCACACCCUCCUUCCACACCCUCCUCCCUUAAUCCUCUCCCAUCAUCUUCAUCUGGCCAUAGCCCUAUCCAACCCUAACCCAGCCUCAAGUGAACCAGUGGAGUCCCUACUGAACAUGCAUACACUGGCCACCAGAGGGUACCAUCUGAGCAGAGUCCUGGCCCGAAGCCGCUCUCCGCACACCCCUCUGUCUCAGUACCUAUGGGAAGAAGAAGAAGAAGAAGAGAGAAAACAACACUACUACUUGACCACCUAACACUACUAACUGACCAGUUUCACUCACCAACCACAUCAUAUAUGCUGUAUCUAUCUAUGCCUUUUCCUAAAUAUCAACCCAAGUUUGGGUUUUGUACAUUUUUUACACGGUUUGGUGUUCUGUUAUCCGCUCAGUUUUUUUUCCCUCUACUGAUUUCCUAAUUUGUAAUCAAUAGAUUUCCAGAUGAACCAAUGAACUGCUGCAGCUCUCCAACAGUCAGAAUAGCUUUGAUUUGUUUGAUUAGUUCUCUAAUCUGUUGCUAUAGGAGACGGACUGUCUCUAAGCUUCUGAUGAAUAUACUGUGUGCGCCCUGUUCUGUCCCCUCCUCACCUCCUCUCAUCCUCACCACACUGUCCACAGCUCAACUCAACUUCCUUUCUGAGGCACUGCAAAGACGUCAUGUCCCCAUCUACUCCACUGUGGGGAUACCCAGACUGGAAAAAAAGCCCCAAAAAUGGACGACUCGUCAUGAAUGGAAAGAUUUCACCAAAACAUCAGUUCUCUGACCUUGCCCUAAAGUCCAGGUUGUUACAUGAUUCUCGUUCUACCCUCGUCCUCAUUAACAGUAUGCUCUCCUGAAAAAAGAGGGACUAGGUUACGACAAGAGAAGAACUUAGGCCUCGUGUGUGACACUUGUUCCAUCCCUCUUUGAAGUACAUCCAUGCCACUCCGAUAGUCUCCCGACUCAUGAUUCUCUAUACAAAAAGCCCUCUUUGCAAAAAAAGAAAAGAAAGUGACUCCUUGAAUACAGCCAAUAUGGUAUUACAUAAUAGUGAGAGAAAUACUGGAAGGAGGCAGGCUCUAAUUUCUAAAUCAGUUUGGAAUGGGGAAUCUCUCUCUAGCAUUGUUUCAUGGCAUUCUGAAGAGAUUUUACACGUCUUCACAAAGGGUCAGGUGAAAGGGGAUAUUGUAUGUUUUCUACCUGUUGAUCCCUUUAAAAACCUCUGUCUUGCCGCCCACCCCUCAGACAUGCGUGUUCCUCAGACCAGACCAAAGGGUAAGAAAACACUGACCCCAAGUCAGACUAUAGAGGGUGAUGUCCCUUCUCUUUGUAUCAAUACUCCUUCAUUCUCACCCGUCUUUGUUGCAUAGUAUCUCACUUCUGUUUCAUGUCAGCUGGUUUAGGCCGGCCAAUCAGCUCAUGUCUAUGAUGAGAUGUAUUCCAAACCAACCAACUAUCACACCUUCUUAGGCUGCGUUCCAACAUCAACACUAGCAUACUACUUAGAAUGCAUGCAUGAACCAUACUAGCUUCAAAGCAGUGGGCUAGUGUGGAUGUUGGACCAGAGCCUUAGUUUCUCUCAUUGUCGAUAGAGAAAUCUUGUCUCGUUGAUUCGCCCAACACACGCACCUUCUCAUGAUGCACGUCGCACAUCGAGUGAACAGACUGAGUAAUGUUGGUGUGAUGUAGCCAGUCGUGUGAAUGGUGAAUGGUACAGUCAGGUGGUGGCUGAUAAGAUAAUGCCUGGGAGGCAUUCAUCCAUGUCAGAAGCAUGAUCUCUGGUACUGUAGCCUCUCCUAUCUAUGCAUGCGUCUUAGCCAAUAGCUUUAUAACGACUUCUUUACUGCAUCUAACCCUGGCAGGAUUCAAUGCAGACGUCCUCCUUGCAAUAUCUACAAUAGAGGGUACACUUUAGCCAUAUGGUGUAUGGUUGUUUAUGGUUCGCUGACAGACCCUAAACAAUGGUUUGUUCAUAGAGGUAAUGUUAUGUAAAGAUUUUCUAAUGGACAGAACUGGAGAACACACACCCCAAAGUUGUUUUCUUGUACCCUUUGUAGUGUACAUUAUGGCACCUGAAGAGACUCCUGUAAUAACUGUAAUCAGAAUACUUGUAAGUAGUCCUUUCUGUUUGUUCAUACACUCCACCGCGUCUCCUCUGACAGCUAAAAUUACAUGGACCAUUUCUGUGAUUGUAUUUUUGUGUUUUUUAUUGUUUAAAGUGAAUGUUAGAUUUGAGUCCGUUAUGAAUGUGUCCCAUUUUGUUUUUUGAUAUUGUUUCCUAUAAAGUUGAAUAAAUGUAGCAUUUUUGUCAAGUUGACGAUGCAUGACUGUUCUCAGACACUCCUAUACUUCUCUCUCACACACACACACACACACACACACACACACACACACACACACACACACACACACACACACAGUCUCAGAGCUCAACGAUUGAUUUGACUGCUGUUAGCCAUAAUUGCAUCCGGCCCUAACAAUGGAGGACAUUUUCUUUUUUUCAGAAUCACAGUUCUCUGUUUUCAGCCAGUACAAGCAAGUCUCUGGCACCAUGAGAGGCUUGUACUAAUGAAUUAGGUUCAAUCAAGCCAACAUUUAGUUGAUUCAGGUGCAUAAAUGUACCAUUCAAAGCGUCUGGAGAUUCUGAAGCAUUUUACGCUUGGGAGAUCUGGUGUUUUUGUUGGUGCUAUUGUCGAAUCGACGACACGUGACUGUUCGGAGUUAGACAAUGGCAAGACCACAUUCAGUAGGGCCUAGAGAUUCAGUUUGGCAUUUCAUUACGUAUGUAUCGUUGGAUGGUAAAUAGCUUUUUGUUAUUGUCCUUAAAUAGAAGCCAUGCCAAAUUAUGUCCAAUCAGGUCAUUGUUCAUUCACACUUCUCCAUAUUAGACUGAUGUGUCGCUUUACAUGCUUUAGUCUUUUUAGAGUUAAAUAUCUUGAUCUGGGCCUCCCGAGUGGCGCAGCGGUCUAAGAGACUGCAUCACAGUACUAAAGGCGUUACUACAGACCCGGGUUCAUUCCCGGGCUGUGCCAUAGGACGGCGCACAAUUGGCCCAGCGUCGUCUGGGUGAGGGGAGAGUUUGGCCGGUGGGGCUUUACUUGGCUCAUCGCGCUCUAGCGACUCCUUGUGGUGGGCCGGGUGACUGCGGGCUGACCCCAGUCACCAGUUGAACAGUUUCCUCUGACACAUUGGUGUGGCUGGUUUCAGGGUUAAGAUGGUGGGUGUUAAGGAGCGCGGUUAGGCGGAUCAUGUUUCGGAGGACACAGGAUUCCACCUUCGCCUCUCCCGAGCACGUUGGGGAGUUGCAGUGGUGAGACAUGAUCGAAAAAGGGGGUCAAAUAAAAAAAUGUAUCUUAAUCUA